AUGUACAAAGUGCCCUCGGAACGAACGUGUAAGUAUUUUUUCAACCUAUCUUCGGUUUAUUUUGAGUUUAUGAACUUUAUAGUCUAUACCUAUAAAUUAUAGACCAGAUAAGAUCAAACCUGCUACAACUUUCUCCAUAAUAUACCCAAGGGAAUGGUACUCCGUAUACUAUGUUCAGACUCACUGAAUUGUUCACAUUCAGUCCAGAUGAGAUAAUUUUUUGGAUGAAUUGAUCAGUCAACGACACAUCUAUAUUCAAAAUCUGUUAUUUAUCGUGGAUAUCGAAAUUUCCUUGCAACUUUUUAUAAGGAUCUUGAGAAAGGGCUUAACUUCCUGAAAUUGUCUUUUCAUAUCAUUGGUAUUGAUUCAGUAGAAACGUUGAGUGAGAUUUUGGAGAAGAAGAUGUCUACGAAGACGCUAUCUAAGUCUCUUCGGGGACUCUCGAAUCCGUACGAAAGAGAAGAAUCGAGCGCCAGCAGCGAAGACAUGGUCUACAACCUCUUCAAAAUUCCUGGAAAAGAGGAAGCGUCUUUUGGAAAGCUCCUAACUGUUUGUUAUUGUCGAAAAGAAAAAAACGGCUGACUUCUUAAAGGUGCUCAAAUCUUUCGGAUUGAGAGAAGACGACCCUCGCUUGCGGCCGAUGAUGGAGCGGGUCAGAGAGCUCGAGAACAUCGCGGAGCAGCAAAGCAGUGAGGCGACGGACCAGAAGCACUGGAAGCUCGAGAAGGAGGACUUCAAAGAGUGAGUCGAAAAAGGAAAUUCAGAGAAAAGUUGGCUUGCAGCUGCGUGGGUCUGAGCCUGGACAUCGUGUGUCGAGCUCUGCAGAACGACCUCGUGAUUCCUCGCUGGAGCCCUUUUGUCGAAGAUCUGCGCAAGAUGUACAGAGAGGUUUCCGCUUCUCACACCCGAUGACGUUUUCGGUUUGCAGUGUGCUGCUAUAGAAGAGGGCCAGGUCGCCACGUAUAUCCCGCAGUUGGCCCGACAGUCGCCCAAGCUCUGGGGCGUCUCAUUGUGCACGGUUGACGGACAACGAGUAUAUUUUCAUUUACCUUUUGAUUAGUCGGUUGACGGGAAAAAAAACCAAAAUAUUUCUCUGAGGAGCAGCUUAAUCAACAUUUAAGCGAUCUUAUUUUUCUAGAAGUAUUGAAGAACACUUUAAAAAGUUGCAUUGUUUCUUGAAUUGCUGCAAUAAUCUGAAAAUUUCUCUUUUCGGCCUCAUUCGGCGACGUCAAAGUGCCAUUCUGCGUACAAUCAGUAUCCAAGGCGUUCAACUACGCUAUCGUCGCUUCUGAUCUCGGUAUUUGGUUCCAAAGGACUAGAAAUGAGCGCUUGAAGGAGCUGACGUCGUCCAUUCUUAUGUGGGACAGGAGCCAAGUGGCAGAUUGUUCAAUGAAAUAUGCCUUGAUUCGAAACGUGAGUCGUUCUAUUCGGAAUACAUGGGCAACUUCUCGAUUUCAGACAAACCGCACAAUCCCAUGGUCAACUCUGGCGCCAUCAUCAUAACAUCUUUGAUAAAAAACAAACUCAACAUGGCUGAUAGAUUUGACUUUGUUAGUUUUCUGCUCUUGAGAGAGAAUAACCCCAUCCGUUUUGUAGGUUCUGCAAGAAUACAGGAAAAUAGCUGGGAAUGAGUACAUUGGAUUCGACAAUGCGACGUCAGCUCGUAUCAAAAUAUGGCAGAGUCGAGAACAGCUUUUUCAGAUUCCUUUCGGAACGAGCGUCAGCCGACCGGAACUACGCCUUGGCCUACUACAUGAAAGAGAACAAAUGCUUUCCUCCAGAGGUCAUCAAGGCAAGUCUUCUGAAGUUCUGAGCAAGGUUUCUAGUUCUUCCAAGAUUUGCUAACCUUUUAGAGCGAGUCCCUUACUGACGAACUCGACUUCUACUUCCAGCUGUGCUCUAUCGAGGCAAACUGCGAGUCUCUCAGCGUUAUGGCCGCGACUUUGGCGAAUGGAGGUUAUUUACAUUUGGAUUUUUAGGAACGUAAUAGAGCUUACUUUGGUUGGUAUGUAAAAAAGAGCAUCUACAGAAUAACUUAUACUUUUCAUUCUCAAACUGUGGAGAACCAUAUGAAAAGAGUAGUUUUUAAGGCGUGUGUCCCAUAACGAACGAGACUUGCAUCAACCCGAAUCCUUGUCGCGACGUACUCUCUCUCAUGUACAGCUGCGGGAUGUACGACGCUUCUGGACAGUUCUCCUUCAGCGUCAGAAGAUCUACCUCGACGAUCAUCUCGGGCUCUUUUUCAGGUGGGACUUCCGGCCAAGUCGGGCGUUUCCGGCGCCAUGAUCGUGGUGGUCCCGAAUGUGUUAGGACUGUGUCUUUUCUCGCCUCCACUUGACAAGCUUGGCAACAGUUUUCGAGGUGUUUCACUCUGCAAGGCUUGUUAGUUGAGGGAUGCGCAGCUACAGAGACUUUUUCCAGAAACUGAUAUCCAGAUUCAAUUUUCACAAUUACGACUGUCUGGUACAUUCAACGAGUAACAAGAUUGAUCCUAGAAGGUUAUUAUCCUCUUCCUUUUCUUUGGACUCUUUGAAGCUCAUCAAACGAAAAAUGGAGUAUGUUCAAACAGACGGGAUAUCCGUGAACGAGACCGAAUAGUUCCUGUAUUCCACGUGGCCAGAGCAGGCGAUUUGGCUGCACUCCGGAGGUUUGGCAAUCGAUUAAAUGGAGACGGACUCCUUGGUCAGACUCUACAUGCAAGGUGAAGACCUCAAUCUUGCCGACUACGACAAAAGGACAGCCCUGCACAUCGCCGCCGCCGAAGGAUUUGAACCGAUGGUCAAGUUUUUGGUCAACGUUGCCAAAGUCGACGUCGUUGUCCUCGACCGGUGCGUUGAACUUUCCGCAAUGCGAGAUCAGCCUUCUGUUUCAGUUGGAACCGGACGCCACUAGAUGAAGCGCGCUUCUUCCAACAUGAUCGCGUUGCUCGUUUUCUCGAAAAGGCUGUUGGAAGAGUUUAUUAUCUUCUGAGACUUAGUUCAAAUUCAAAAUCUUUCAGUCUGAUCUGGAACGCAGGUUAUCCGUUUCUUCUGUCGAUUCCAACGAAAGUGAUGGCCUCCAGAGACCUACAUUUGGUCUAAAAUGA